AGAUAUGAUCUAAGUAAUAUCAACGGUCUUAAUUAAAAUUACAAAUCGGUUUUACAAAAAAAAUUGCAUUCACGGGCCCAUUAAUAACGGGGUAAUGGGCUCUAUGUUUGUUUUGUUUCUUCUGUCCAAAAAAAAUUAGAAAACUGAAGCGGGAAAAUUCGAACGUACUGAUAGUGGCUCAAGGCGUCGCCUAGGUCAAGCCACGGCGGCGAUGUACAAUCUUCAAUCGGAAGAAGGAGUGUAAGGGGCGGUUAAAGAAUGUCCGUUGAUGGUGUUGCCAAAUGAAUGGCGGAGGAGGAUACGAGAGCACUAAGGAUGGUAAUAGUCUUUUUUCGUGCUCCUAGGGUUUGUCCGGUGACCGGAGAGAAGUCAAAGCCGAUUCGAAGAUUCCGCCCGACGAAGAAGACCUUAACGGCGCCGUUUUGGUUUAACUCCGACAUGAUAAUCUUCCGUGCAUUUGAUUAUCCGAUGCAAAGCUACGGAGAGAGGUAAGGACGGCCGUGGAUAAACACUCGUCCGUUUUCUAUUUCUUUUUUCUAGAUUAAACUACGUGUUGUUUUUUCGCAUCGUAGAACGGGAGGCAGUGUAGAGCAAAUUGGGGACUUGAGGCUGCAGAGCUUGAUAGCGACAGUGUGGGGUCCAGCUACGGUUAACCGAAUUCCAUUUCCUCUAGCGUCACAUGCGGUCAUUUACAUACUUCAUACGUGUCAAAACACGAUAGGGUUACUAGUGAUACUUUCCUACACAGCACCGUAACGUUAGCAAAAUGCUCCGUGCAUGCUCCCUCUCCCUCCUGAUCACUGAGUAUUCUCGUGAGGUGACGAAGGAUGUUUUACUCUCAUCAGCUUCUAGCUCGAAAAGCUCCGUUAGGUCAGAUAUGGAUGGCGGCUACGUUGCACGCGAAGAUCAAUCGGAAGAAGCUGAACAAGCUCGACAUCAUUCAAAUCUGCGAAGAGAUUCUCAACCCGUCGGUUCCAAUGGCUCUCAGACUCUCUGGGAUUUUGAUGGGUAUUAACAACAAUCUACGCUCAUCGGACUUUUUGUUUUUGUUUUUGUUUGUUUCUGUUAUUCAUAUUCUGGGUUUGAUGAGUCUCAGUGUCUUCGUUUCGUUAGGUGGGGUUGUCAUCGUUUACGAGAGGAAAGUAAAGCUCCUAUUCGAUGACGUCACUCGCCUUCUGGUAGAAAUUAAUGGAGCUUGGCGCACAAAAGCUGCUCCGGAUCCUACUUUACUACCUAAAGGACGAACCCACGCCAGGAAAGAGGCUGUUACGUUGCCUGACAAGGACGAAGCUGAUUUUGGGGAUUUCGAACAGACUCGUAGUCAGUUACCCAAAUUCCCCAAUUUCAUGGAUUUUCAGCAGUCUUAUAUCUCCAUGCGGUUAGAUGAACCCAAUGUCAACGAUAUCCCCGAGCAAGAGGAUCUCCAUCAAGCUGCUGCCGAGAAUAUCACACUCUUCGAGUAUCAUGCUUCAUACCAGACUAAUACUGAGACGUAUGAUCGCUUUGAAAGAUUUGACAUCGAAGGAGAUGAUGAAACUCAGUUGAACUUCAAUCCAAGAGAAGGCUCGCAAAUACCUCCAACUCUGAUCCCAUCACCACCUCGUCAUCAUGAUUUUCCUGAAGGAGGCAAUCCCACAAGCCCUCAGCGCCAGGAGCAACAAGAGAACGGUAGGGAUGCAUUUGCUGAGCAGACGGCGGAACAAAACAUACCGGACAGAGAGGACCAAGAUGUACCACGGCCAACAAAAAGAAGAGCAAGAAGGACAGCUACUUCAGCCAUGGAUUGUGAGCAGACUAUUAUCGCUGGUAAUCAAUACCAGUCAUGGCUCCAGGAUACAUCUCACAUUCUCUUGAGGGGAAAAAAGAGAAAGGCUCGAGGACCCGCUAGCCCAAGUAUUGAGGUUACAAAACGUAUGAAGCUGCCAGUUACACAACUCUUUGAAGAGCAUGUGGACGGUUCUUACCCACCUCAGCUCAUGGAGCUUUGGUCAAAAUGCACUCAGCCUCUUCAAACCUCUACAUCUGAAACUGGACGCCCUGAUCUCUCGGCGGAGCAUUCUCCAGGGUUUGGCCAGGAGAGAAUGCAAGACCACCAUCAAACAGACCAUCAUCAGGGCACUGAGACAAGCUUCCAAAAUCUUGGCAGUCCCGCAGAAAGACUUCGGAACGUUCUUGCUGAGAAAGAUGGUUCUAUAGAAGGCCUGAUGGCUCGAUCUCGAGCAAGCGCUGAGAAUAAUAACCAGGCUGCUGCUGAUAUUAGCGUUACACCUCUCUAUUCUGGAGAUGAUGUGAGAUCCAUGCCUAGCACACCAUCAGCACGUGGGGCAGCUUCCAUUAACAUAGAGAUCAACUCUAACAGUCGCAGGCUCAACAGAAAAAGGCAACAUUCGUCACCAAGAAGAGGACUCGAACCAGUAGCGGAAGACAGAACGUGGGAGCACCGUGCUUAUGACUUUGAGUUUUCAAUGAUACCUGAAAAGGGAUUCACAGCUGAUAACGAAGUACUAGCUGAGACUGGACCUACACAAACUCAAAAGCCAGUGACCACUCACACAGACGAGAAGAUAACUGAUAGCAUCAAAAGUCACCUCAAGACGCACUUUGAAACACCUGGAGCUCCUCAAGUGGAAUCUCUUAACAAGCUCGCUAUUGGAAUGAAAAGAAACGCUGCAGCUCAACUCUUCUACCAAUCCUGUGUGCUAGCCACUCGCGGAGUCAUAAAGGUGGAGCAAACACAGCCUUAUGGGGACAUUCUCAUUGCACGAGGACCCAAUAUGUAAAGGCUUUGAUGCUUUGAGAUAAAAAGGUUAUUUUCUUUUCAUAUUUAAGCAAAGAGAGAGGAGUCCCAUAGACUUUAGAAAUUAUAACGGCUUAAUACUUUUCAUGAGACUUAAUCUAAUUAAUUUUAUAAGAUCUUUUCCCCUGGUUA